AUGUUUGCUUCUUCGCUGCGAUCAGUCACUCUUCGCGGCCCCUUGGCGGCCCGCAAGUUCAGCUCGACUGCUGCUACGAGCGCUGCCGAGGUUAAGUCUUUGGGUGUAAUCGGCGCUGGCCAGAUGGGGUUGGGAAUUGCUCUGGUUGCUGCGACCAAGGCUGGAGUUCCUGUGACUCUGGUCGAUAACUCUCAGGCUUCCUUGGACAAGGGUCUCAAGUUCGCUGACAAGCUUCUCGAAAAGGACGUUGCCAAGCAGCGUCUCACCCGCGAUGCCGCUGAUGCCGCUCGGGCUCUACUCAGGCCCACCGUGAAGAUGGAUGACCUUUCCUCAGUUGACUUUGUGAUCGAGGCCGUCCCCGAGAUCCCCGACCUCAAGCAGAGCAUCUUCAAAAAUCUCGCCCAGAUUGCUCCCAAACACGCCAUUCUGGCGACCAACACCUCCUCUAUUCCCAUCACUAAAAUCGCCGCCGCUACCACCUCAGACCCAACAGACCUGCAAGCUCCAUCUCGGGUAAUCUCCACUCACUUCAUGAACCCCGUUCCAGUCCAAAAGGGUGUCGAAAUCAUCCGUGGUCUGCAGACAUCACAAGAGACCACCGAUACGGCUAUUGCUUUCGUUGAGCGCAUGGGCAAGGUUGCUUCCGUAUCGGCUGAUUCUCCGGGCUUCCUGGCCAACCGCAUCCUGAUGCCGUAUAUCAACGAAGCUGUGAUCUGUCUUGAGACUGGAAUUGGAGGUCGUGAGGAUAUUGACAACAUCAUGAAGAACGGUACCAAUGUUCCUAUGGGUCCUCUGACUCUGGCAGAUUUCAUUGGACUGGACACGUGUUUGGCGAUUAUGAACGUGCUUCACCAGGAGACCGGCGACAGCAAGUAUAGACCCGCUGGUCUGCUUCGCCGCAUGGUUGAUGCGGGCUGGAUGGGUAAGAAGACCGGAAAGGGCUUCUACGAAUACUAG